AUGCCAGUGCUCAUCUGGGACUUGUGCCUCGACGUUGUGCUCCAUGCGUGCUUCCGCCGCAGCCACGCUGCAGUAGCCGUUGCAGCCGCCGCAUUCGCCGUCUCCGCCGCUGCAGUCGCCGCAUUCGCCGCAGUCGCCGCCUCAGUCGCCGCAGUCGACGCCUCACCCGCUGCAGUUGCCGCCGCAGUCGACUUCUCUGUCGCCGUCGCCGCCCCUGCGGCAAUCGCCGCCGCAGUCACCUUUUCUGUUGCCGUCACCGCCCCUGCGGCAAUCGCCGCCGCAGCCUCCGCCGCCGCAGUCGCCUUUUCUGUCGCCGUCGCCGCCCCAGCGCAGCCUCCGCCGCCGCUGUUGCUUCUCUCACCGCUCCUGCGACCAUAG